UGUCAGCUGCAUCAGGAUCCCUCUGCUGAGUACUAACUAGCUUGACAGAGACACCCGGAAGGCACGAAAGUAAUUUUGAGAGUGCGGAAUGAAUCGCUUUAAACCCUCCAAAUUCAAGAACACCACUCCGAAAAUUGCAAAGAAAGAUGGAUGGAUCAACAAUGUUCGGACUGGUUCCUUCUCCUGCCAGGGGAACCAUAUCAAAGCGAACUCCAAGCUGGUGGCCUUCAAUACCGAGCAGGCUGGUGGAGGUAUGCUGGGCCUGUCUUCAGUCAAACCCGGCUCAGAUGGCCAAUGGACAGUCGCCCAGAUCUCCUGCCAUUCUGAUCUAGUGACUGAUAUGGACUUUUCUCCUUUUGAUGAGCAUCUCCUGGCAACAUGCUCUGCAGAUGAAAUGGUGAAGCUGUGGCGUUUGUGUGAUCCAGAGCAGGAGCAGCCCGGCAGUCCAGAGCUGACUCUCCGUCCAGGUCGGGGCCGGCUGGAGGUGGUGCACUUCCACCCCACCUCCUCUGGCUUGCUGGCCAUAAGCACUGCUAAGUCUCCUCUGAUUUGGGACAUCAGUUGCCAAGAUGCACCACUAGCAGUUCUGGAGCAGCACAGUGAUCAGCUGCAGAGUCUGAGCUGGAAACAGGACGGCUCCCUGCUGGCUUCCUCCUGCAAGGACAAGAUGUUGCGUGUGUUUGACCCCAGAGCCCAGCUAACACCUGUUCAGAGUGCCAAGUGUCUCCAGAACAACAAGGAUUCACGCAUCCUGUGGGCCAAAGAUGAGCUUUUACUGACCAGCGGUUUUGAUAUGAUGCGUAGUCGGGAGGUGAGGCUUUGGGACAACAGGAAGUUGAGCUCUUCUCUCAGCUCUGUGUCACUUGGCACUUCGAGUGGGCUGCUGAUCCCUCUUUUUGAUGAAGACACUGGUCUGCUCAUACUAGCUGGCAUGGGAGACACUGUGGUUGAUUGCUUUGAAGUCUCUUCAUCUGAACCUUUCCUCUCUCAAGUGAGCCACUGUCUGACAGAUACCUCGACACGAGGUGUUGCCAUGGUACCCAAGCUGGCAUUGGAUGUCAUGUCCUGUGAAGUGAUGCGUGUGCUGCAGCUGACAGACAGUUGCAUUGUGCCAAUCAGCUAUCAAGUUCCUCGCAAGCAUUCAGGCCAAGAGUUUCAUGAAGAUCUUUAUCCAGACACUGUGGGCAAGACUCCAGCCAUGUCUGCUGAUGAGUGGUGGCAGGGAGGGAACAAGCAGGUGGAGAAAGUCAGCCUUCAUCCAGACAAACGGCCCAAGCCAAAGGUUCCACCUGCAAAACAGAUGCCUGCUAAGAAGGAGCUGGCCAGUGUGGGAAGCAAGGAGGAUCCAGCACAUGGCUGCUCCACAUCCAGUAGUCCUCUGAGCACCCCCAGGAGCAGCAGCGCUGCACCGUCCCGCUCUCCCUCCUCCACCUCCGGUCUCUCCUCAGGCUUCCUCCCCAGCCCCAGUUCCAGCCGGGGCACCAAGGCUAUCCAAAGCCUGCUUGGAACAACCUCCAGGUUUCGUCACAUCCAGGGUGCAGUGAUGCAUCGAGACACACACAUCACCAAUGUGCGGGGCCUCAACCUGACUACACCUGGUGAGUGUGACGGCUUCUGUGUCAACCGCCAACGUGUGGCAGUGCCCCUCGCCAUCUCCGGAGGCCAGAUCGCGAUCUUUGAGCGCUCUCAGCCAGGCAAGCUACCAGACACAGCCUUGCCCACCAUCCAAAACUCUGUAAAUGUGGCCGACUUCUCUUGGGAUCCCUUUGACACACACCGGCUUGCUGUAGCUGGUGAUGAUGCUAAGAUCCGUGUGUGGCAGAUACCACAGGGAGGGCUGAAAGAGACCCUGACCGAGCCUGAGCUCAUCUUGCAAGGCCACACGGAAAAGAUUUACUCCAUCAGGUUCCACCCUCUGGCCAGUGGACUGCUGGUGUCUUCAUCCUAUGAUCUCACAGUCAGACUGUGGAACCUGGAGAGCAGAGAGCAGGUCAAACUCCUCACUGGACACCAGGACCAGGUCUUUGGUAUGGCAUGGAGCCCAGAUGGCAAGCUCCUGGCCACAGUGUGCAAAGAUGGGAAAGUUCGUAUCUAUGACCCUCGAAAGUCCACUGCACCUGUGCAGGAGGGCCCAGGUCCUGAGGGCCCCAGGGGAGCUCGUGUUGUGUGGGUGUGUGAGGGCAAAUACCUGCUGGUGUCAGGAUUUGACAGUCGCAGUGAGAGAGGACUCUACAUGUACUCUGCAGACUCCCUGUCCUCUGGAGCCAUAGCCAGCACUGGGGUAGACGUCUCCCCUUCCACGCUCAUCCCUUUUUAUGACCCUGACACUAGUGUGGUCAUCCUCACUGGAAAAGGUGACACCCGCGUUCACAUUUAUGAGUUGGUCCCUGAAGAGCCGUACUUUAUUGAAUGCAGCAGUUUUAAUUCUCCUGAGCCACAUAAGGGCUUGGCCUUUUUGCCCAAGACAGAGUGCAAUGUGCGUGAAGUGGAGAUAGCUGUAGCACUAAUGCUCACCAAGACAACCAUAGAGCCAGUGGCCUUCAAGGUGCCACGGGUCAAGAAAGAGUUUUUCCAGGAUGAUGUAUACACAGACACAGCAGUCUGGUGGGAACCAGCCAUGACCGUCUCUGCUUGGCUGGCUGGCUCCAACGGCCAACACAAGAAGAUCAGCCUGAAGCCUAAAGACAUGACACCAGUGAGUGAGGCCCCCAAAGAGGCACCGGUUAGAAAAUACCUGCCCUCCUCUGUUUACCUGGAGGAGAAGACUGAUGAACAGAAGAAAGAGGAGCUGCUGAGUGCCAUGGUGGCUAAGUUGGGGAACAUGGACGACCCGCUGCCCCAGGAGUCCUUCCAGGGGGUUGAGGAGGACGAGUGGGAUGACUAGAGGGGAUGUCAGUUUGCCUUUGCUUCAGUCAUGGUGCCAACACAGAAGACGGAUCAGUUCAAGUUCGAUGUUACCACUCUUGAGGUGCAACGGUGCCACCCAGGCAUCAUCUGAGCGAUAUCAGCUAACAUCUCGGCCUGCUGCACACACAAAGAACACGUGAAAUAAUCUUCAACAAAGUCUAUAAAUGCCCUGGCUUUGUGUUCUGGGACAAAAUUCUCCAUCUAUCACAGUAUCUGUUUCGGUAUUGAAAAUCAUAUGUCUUGUUGAUGCUGAUCAGACCCAUGAAAUCUUAUAUGAAAAUCAUUUUAGCUGGAAUCCUUAAAUAAUUCAAAGGUCACUCUGUAAUAAUUCUGACUAAUUCCUUUUUUAAUGGUUAGGUAAACAAUAUAAAUAUUUUACCUUGAUGAAAAUAUUUAGACAAACCCACCCUAAAAGGUGAUACAAGAAAAAUUAUAAGUAAAUACACAUAAAUCAUUCAGUAUAUAAGGACAACUCAAAGAUUUCUGGUAAACCAUUGUCAGCACAAUGUGAGUAAAACUGCAGACAAUCAUAGCAAUAAUACCGCAUGUUUAUGCUACAUUACCAGUUAACUGUCACUGGAUAACACAGACUUAACUACAAGCUACACUGACUACAAACAAAUGAUGAGUAUUUUAGCACAGCAUUUUAUAUGUGGUAUGUGGCCACAAUACAAUCUGAGAUGUCCUAAUCUGUAAUUUUUUUGUUACCGGGAUACCAGACUGUGAAUUACUGUGUACAAAGUUGUCCAUAGUAUGUGCACAUUUAUCCCUACUGGAACAUUACUUGGUUUUUCUACUGGCCAUGUCAUAUGAUCACACUCAGUCACAAUGUGUCUUUGAAAAAUUUAAUGUUGCAAAAAAAAUGAACGAGUGAAUAACAAGUGAACAAUGUGCAUCUGACCUUGUCUUCCUGUUUGGUCAGGUAAAACACACGUGCUUAUUGUAAUAUGUUGAAGCCUUCAGCAGCAAAAACCACACUGAGGAUUAAACAGGGUGACCAGUAUUCAUGUUUGACCAUGAACUGGAGUUUCUAAUCAUAAAAACAUUCACAGUUUACUUAUCUUUUUUAGAAUAAAAUGCAAUUUUAUCAUAAAUAUGCAUUUCUUUAUUGGUGCCAGUUAGAUUGGGUUGAAUGUUUUGCUAUCUCACAGGUAUGUACAGCAUAUGCAAGAGUUAAAGGUCAAUAGAAACAAAAUGCUUUUAUGCACUGAAAGCCAAACCACCUCCUUUUUGAGUUUUAAGCAGGACCUUUGGAUACCUUUACAUGGUUCCUUCCUUCUCUUGUUUGCUGGACUGUUUCACUUUCACCUUUGACCCUUGUUGAUUUUCAAUUUAUUUCGGGGAUAUUCCCACUAAACAAGCUAAUUUUCUUACCUAAUGUUAACGUGUUAGUAGUCAUGGUGUUAUUUAGACAGUAGCAGUACAGUAUUAAUAACUUACAGCGCAGCCAUAAGAGCCAGUCUAAUUGUAACGGUCUAAUCAGGGUUACAGCAAUAUCAUCAGUCUUGGACCGACUGAGUUUGUUUACAACCUCUGAUGGACUGAGACCAUCUGAUACAGCCAUGCAUGAUUGUGUUGUACACAUGAACUGCUGAUGUUAGGUGUUUGUGCGAUGUAUACUGUAUGUAAUUGUAAUUCUUAAAUGCCAUACUAUGUAAUAUUUGGGUUGGAUUAACUUGCCUUUCUUUUUUACAGUGAGUAAAGCUUUUUUUCAUCUUACUUGAGUAAAUGGUUUGUAGUUUUUUAGUAUUGUCUUGUAAAUGCCUUUUAAAUGUAUUACUUACUUGUCUUUGUGUGAUU